UCAAAUUUCUAUACCUUUGUCUCUUCUCCUUUUCUUGCAAUUUUUUCUGCCAUCUGUGGUUCCACCAGAAAAGGAGAAAUCAAUCAAUUCGCUCCCUAUUGUUUUAUUUUUUGUUCGGUAAGCUCUACACUCUCAAUUUCUCUGUAAAACCCUACCUACAUUGUUUGUUCUUCAAUUUCAAUAGCCAAUAAUUACAUUUUGUACAUUCUAUAUAUAUAGAAAGAGAGAGAAUUUAGAGAGAGAGAGAAACAAACAGACCAGACCAUGCCCCCUCGAUCGGCCACUCGUAAGAAAUCGACAUGGAAAUCGAAACAAUCGGAGCUCGAAUUGAGUCUGGCCGACCAGAUCAACACAGUGCCGGAGUCGGAACACAAAGGCCAAGAAGCUCUAUCUGCUGUGGUGAAGGACGAAGGCGGCGAACAGGCGGCGCCGCUGAUGAUCGCCGGAGUGGAAAUCAAGCAAGAACUUAGGGUUUUAGACUCAAAUUAUGCAGACAAGGCUGUAAUGAGUACAGCAGUGGAAACGAAGGUUAAGGAGGAGGAGAGGAACGUCAAUGUCAAUCCUGUGAGCUUUAUGGAGGAUGGAGAAAGAAUGGAGGGUGAUCAUGACAAGUUUGACAAUGCAGCUGAGGAAAAAGAAGUAGAGGGUGAACAGAAUGAAGGAAUACAUGUUGAACAGAACUCAUCUGAAGAAGGAACUGCUGCUGCUCAAAUUGAUGAUGCUGAGGCAUUUGUAGACAAUGACAAUUUUCCUGUUCUCAAUGAGCGUAGUGAUGGGCAAGAAGGGGGUGAGGUGGGUGGAAAGGAUGAGGAAGAUAUCGGGGACAAUGAAGAAGAUAAUGAAGAUGAGGAACAGCCUGCUGAAUUUAUCAAUAAUCACAUCACUGACAGGAAGAAAAAAAAGGAUUUCGAAAUUUUUAUUGGAAGACUGGAUAAAGGGGCCGUUGAGGACGAUCUGAUUGAAGUGUUUGGAAAGUUUGGGGAAAUAAAAGCCGCUAGGAUAGUAAGGCAUCCAACUACAAAUAAGAGUAGAGGAUUUGCCUUUAUUCAAUACGUGACUGUUGAGCAAGCAAAGAAUGCUCUUUCUGCAUUGAACGAAGGGAUCCAGGUGAGAGGCAAACACGUUGUAAUAUCAGCAAGUCAGGAUAAUGAUACUCUUUAUAUGGGCAACAUCUGCAAAUUAUGGACAAAAGAGCAUGUGCUGGGAACAUUGAAAAGCUAUGGAGUUGAAAAUAUUGAAGAGAUAUAUUUGCCAGAUGAUCCUCAAAAAGAAGGGAAGAUCAAAGGUUUUGCUCUUUUGGAGUUCAGCACCCACUCGGAUGCAAUGGCAGCAUUUCAAAGACUAAGAAAGCCAGAUGCUGUCUUUGGUCGUGAUAGAAGUGCUAAGGUUGCUUUUGCACAAACCCCAAUGCACCCAAAUCAAGAAAUUCUGUCUCAGGUUAAGACUGUCUAUGUGGAAGGCUUAACUGAUGCUGGGAAUAAAGAGAAAGUAAAAGAAAUCUGCACACAGUAUGGUGAGGUUGUGAAAGUUCAGUUACCUCAGAGUCUAGGCAGCAAACGCAAAUAUUUUGGCUUUAUUACUUUUACUUCUCGAGAAAGUGCCCUAGCUUGUGUGGAGGGGAUUAAUAAUGCUCAUAUUGGACAAGAAGUCAAGGUUAAGGCUAACAUUGCAAAGCCUCAUUUUAAGGGUUGGCUUCAAAAGCAAGGUACUCGUGGGGGAUUUAAGGUUAAGAAAAAGAGUGAAGUCCCACGCUAUUUCUGAGACAGAAAUUGGUGGAGGUAAACCAAAUAAACCCAAAACUGUCACUGAAGGUCAACCUGUUCGAGCAUCAUCCAAGUUGGAAAGGACAAAUCGCAAGAGAAAGAAUCAACGUUUAAAGGCUAAAGGUCAUGGAAAGAUAGGAGCUGAGCAUGGUCAUAAUGAAAUGCCAUCGAAGAAAAGACACAGCAAAAUGCGGGGAAGGCAAAACAAUAAUUUCAAGAAGACAGAGAGAGAUCCUCAUAUUAGAAAAGGACCAAACUACUGUGCAGAUUUCAUUGAAUACAGAAAUCCAUAUGCACCAGGAUAUGUUGCACCUGCUGUUAGUUGCCAGAGCCAUGCAUACAACACUGUAU